AUGUGGAAGACCAAUACGAGAACCAGCUUCCGUCAGGUAUACCUGGCAGUCGUGACGAGGCGAUACUCGAGAGUUGCUCCGCCGCCAUCGGAGGUCAUCCGCGUGACAAACAACGUAGCACACCUGGGACCUCCGAAGAAAGGAGCGUUGCCACGUCAGCUCAUGUCAUUGCCGCCUUUCCCUGGCCAUCCGUUACCUGGCAAAAACGCCGUUAACAACGGAGCUGACGGCGACGAAGAUGGAGGCCACGUCACGGCCAUUAGUUGGGUAAAGUACUAUUUCGAAGAAAUCCAUGAUAAGACUGUCCAAGCUCACUUCACAAAGGGCCUUGUUGAGAUGGAGUUUCGAGGUCAUAGAGAUGCAUCGACAGAGAAAGAAGAUGGAGCUAGAGCCAUGAGAAAGAUUAAGCAUAACGAGGUAAUGAAAAUAGGAGAUAAAAUCUGGUUGCCGGUGUCAAUCGCUGAAGCCAGAAUCUCUAAGAGGUAUGACACUAUACCAAGUGGAACCUUGUAUCCAAACGCAGACGAAAUCGCAUACCUUCAAAGGCUUGUCAGGUUCAAGGACUCUGCUAUUAUAGUUCUUAAUAAGCCGCCUAAGCUUCCCGUCAAGGGAAAUGUGCCGAUACAUAACAGCAUGGAUGCACUUGCAGCAGCAGCUUUGUCUUUUGGUAACGAUGAAGGUCCUAGAUUGGUGCAUCGUCUUGAUAGGGAAACUAGUGGACUCUUAGUAAUGGGUCGAACCAAAGAAAGCAUAGAUCAUCUCCACUCGGUGUUCAGUGAUUUCAAGGGGAGAAACUCAAGAUGUAAGGCUUGGAACAAAGCGUGUGAAGAGAUGUAUCAGCAAUAUUGGGCAUUGGUGAUUGGUUCUCCAAAAGACAAGGAAGGAAUAAUUUCAGUUCCUCUUUCAAAGGUGCUUCUAGAUGAUGGAAAAACAGACAGGGUGGUUUUGGCUCGAGGCUCAGGCUUUGAAGCUUCACAAGAAGCUAUAACAGAGUAUAGAGUGUUAGGACCUAUGAUCAACGGGUGUUCAUGGUUAGAACUUCGUCCCAUUACUAGCAGAAAGCAUCAGCUACGUGUACACUGUGCUGAAGCACUUGGUACUCCAAUAGUAGGUGAUUAUAAGUACGGUUGGUUCGUCCACAAGAGAUGGAAACAGAUGCCUCAGGUUGAUAUCGAACCAACCACCGGGAAACCGUAUAAACUGCGCAGACCAGAAGGUCUUGAUAUCCAAAAGGGAAGUGUCUUGUCCAAAGUUCCUUUGCUGCAUCUGCACUGCCGAGAGAUGGUACUUCCAAACAUUGCCAAGUUUCUCCAUGUCUUGAACAAACAGGAAACAGAUCCGCUUCACCCAGGAAUCACCAGCAAGCCGGAUCUCUUGCGGUUUGUAGCUUCAAUGCCUAGCCAUAUGAAGAUCAGCUGGAACAUAAUGUCUUCAUAUUUGGUGUAG